AUGCAGAGCUGGAGCCGGGUCUGCUGCGCCCUCGCCCAGAGAGGCCAUUUUAGCCGGAUCCAGCAUGGAUUACAAAGCAUUUCAGCAGGGCCUGUGAGAACUUACGCCGAUCAAGUUGAUGCUGAUGUGACCGUCAUCGGAUCUGGCCCAGGGGGCUAUGUGGCUGCCAUCAAAGCCGCUCAACUUGGCUUUAAGACCGUCUGCGUGGAGAAAAAUGAAACACUGGGUGGGACCUGUUUGAAUGUUGGCUGCAUACCUUCUAAGGCCUUGUUAAACAAUUCACACCUGUACCAUUUGGCUCACGGGAAAGACUUCGCUAGCAGGGGAAUUGAAAUUACAGGUCUCCGAUUGAAUUUGGAGAAAAUGAUGGAGCAGAAGAGCGGCGCAGUGAAGGCUUUAACAGGAGGAAUCGCUCACCUGUUUAAACAAAAUAAGGUGACACACGUGUCCGGCUUUGGGAAAAUAACUGGCAAAAACCAGGUCACCGCAGCCAAAGACGACGGCAGUACUCAGGUUAUUAAUACGAAGAACAUCCUUAUAGCUACCGGUUCUGAAGUAACGCCUUUUCCAGGAAUUACGAUUGAUGAAGACACAGUCGUAUCGUCCACCGGCGCGCUUUCUUUGAAACAAGUCCCUGAAAAAAUGGUCAUCAUUGGUGCAGGAGUCAUUGGUGUAGAACUGGGUUCAGUUUGGCAGCGUCUGGGCGCAGAUGUGACAGCUGUGGAAUUCCUGGGCCACGUUGGUGGAUUGGGCAUCGACAUGGAGAUAUCCAAGAAUUUCCAGCGCAUUCUUCAGAAGCAAGGACUUAAAUUUAAAUUGAAUACUAAAGUCACCGGCGCCACUAGGAAACCGGAUGGAAAGAUUGACGUUUCCAUUUAUGCAAUUGGCGACGUAGUGGCCGGACCAAUGCUUGCUCACAAAGCCGAAGACGAAGGGAUUUUGUGCGUCGAGGGCAUCGCUGGAGGCGCAGUACACAUUGACUACAACUGUGUGCCCUCAGUCAUUUACACACACCCUGAGGUGGCCUGGGUUGGCAAAUCAGAAGAGCAGCUGAAAGAAGAGGGAACAGAAUACAAGAUUGGUAAGUUCCCUUUUGCGGCUAACAGCAGAGCCAAGACCAACGCGGACACGGAUGGUUUGGUGAAGAUUUUAAGUCACAAAACGACCGACAGGCUGCUGGGAGCGCAUAUCUUAGGCGCUGGUGCUGGUGAAAUGGUUAAUGAAGCCGCUCUGGCCAUGGAAUACGGCGCAUCCUGCGAGGACGUCGCCAGAGUUUGCCACGCCCAUCCAACCGUAUCCGAAGCUUUCCGAGAAGCAAACCUGGCAGCGUCAUUUGGGAAGGCGAUCAACUUCUAACACGAAAGGACGUCCAUUGCGCGAAAAGCACAUUUUCCUGUGAAACGACUGAAGACUCGGUAGAAAAAAAAAACACCGGGUCUUUGCAAUACUCCUGGGCCUUAAUUAAGUGAACUUUUGUCCGUCCCGUUUCCCCCCCCCCCAAAAAAAACCUUAAGAUAUUUAAACAAAUAGGGGUUUGAAAUUAAUGAACCAAUAACUGUAUCUUAUAUUAUCAAUACUAUAUUUGCGUUAUUGAUUGUACAUCCUUAAGUUUCACCGAAGAAAAUACAGCAGCAGGAUCAGCUUAUAGUUGGAGAGAUUUUAAAGGUUCCAUUAUGCAUUUCGUUCAAAUAUAGUGUCUAAUAUUACGCCAUGUUGUUGCUUUGUCAUUGCUGGGGCGCAGCCCGAUUAUUGAAAAUAAGCCAUGGUCACAGUCAUAUAUAUA